AUGGAAAUCCUGUUUUGUUGUUGCAAUUGUUGCUGUGCAGAUACUUAUGAAGAAAGAAGUGGAUCUGUAGGAAUAUUUAUUUGCCUAUAUUGCUGCUAUAAAGGCUAUAGAGAGAACAUUUCUGGUCACAAGAGAAGGACUUAUAGAUAUUUGAACAUAGUUCUUAUAUUAAUGUUGUCAAUAGUAGCAGUUAUAUUGGCAGCUGUUAUAUAAAGUACAAAUUCAGCUUCUACUUCUUAAAUGAAAAAUAUACUGGAAAAUUGGUAGCAAGGAGUCUUACUUGAAAUUCAAUUAUCUACAUCAUGUCCAACAAAUUAUGAAAUAAUAAGUAUUUAUGAACUACCAGGAACAUCAGAAGGAUGUAUAUGUUUACAAGAUAAAGAAUUAUUUGCUUCAACUUGCACAGACUGGUAGUUACUUAAUAGAUGUUAUAAUUUUAAACCAAAAAGUCCUAUCUAUUUAAAGAAUUGGGUUUAACCUUUAGAUGAUUCUUUUUAGGAGGUUUAAAUUUGUGGAAAAAGAUCUUAAUUAAAUUUUUAUGAUCUAUUAUAAAAUUAAAUUACUACAGCCUAAAAUUGUAAAGAUAAUGGUUACAAAGUUUGUUAAACUUAAAAUCCUAAUAAUUUUUAUUGCGUUCUUUAAGAAGAACCAUGUCCAAUACGUGAUUUCAAAAUUUCUAGAUAUGAAUUAUCACAUAAAGAAUUAGAAUUAAAUGGUUAUAAUUUAAUUUAUAGUAAUGGUUUCUAUGCAUACACUAGUCAAUCAAUAGAGAAAACUCCAUUGGUAAGUAUGACUAUUGUAAAAGGUAGAGGAGUUUGUUUUGAUCCAUAAAAAAUUAGUUUAAAUCCAAAGCUAGACUAAGAUUAUUUCUUGUUAUCUCCAAAACCAGAAAAUUGUGAAAUAGAUAAUACUUACUUUUAAGUAGCAACAACAACUGAAAAAGAAUUCUUUUAUUUCAACGAAAUUGAAGCUAAACUUUAAUCAGAAAGACCUUUAUAUUCAAUAGGUGAUACUAUUGAAUAUUAAUUACUUGCUUAAAACUAAAUAUAAUAUAAAAUAGAGUGCAGACUUAAUAAGUAACAAACAUUAUUAUUAAUAGUUUUUAAUAAAUUAUUAAUCUAGGUUAAAGAUUUGACUCUUAAAACACAUUAAUUACAUGCUAAUUAGUAUUUGCAUGUAUUUUAUUUUUUUUCAUGUUUUUUUUUUCUAUUUUUGAAGUUUAGCCUUGUAUACAAAAGAAUUGUAAAUUGUGCUAUUCCAAGAUAUAUAAUAUAAUCAAAGAAACUUCAAUAUAUUUACUUGCUAUAACUGUAAUUUUUAGUUAUUCCUACAUGAUAGAUUUGGUAGAAAAUUUAGAAGAAUAAAUUUCAAGAAAUUGUUUCUUAGAUAGUGCUUAAGAGAGAAUGAAUUCAGUAUAUCGUACAAUGGUGGGUACUUCUUUAUCACUUUCUUAUUGUCUCCUAAUAAAUAUGGGAAUAAUCAUAAUUAUUGACUUUGUUAUGACAACCUUUUUAUGUUAUAAAAUAAUGAAGAAACGUAAAGCAUUAGGAACUUCAGAAAAUAAAAAUUAAAAUAAAAAUGAAAAAAUCUAUUAAAAUAAAGAAUAAAAUCUUAAUUAAAACUUGGAUUAUGCAACAAAUUAAAAUUUUAUGUAAAACCCUUAUUUACAAUAAUAAAAUUAUUAAACUGCUGCUCCUUAAUGUUAAUAUGGCCUAGCCCCAUAAAUAUAAAAUUAAUAAUUUUAAUAGAACCAGAAUCAUGUUCAAUAAUAAAUUAGAAUUGAAAGUUAAAAGGAACCAUAAGUAAACUAACAAGAAUAGAAAGUUAAUAUAGACAAUCUUAUAAAUCUUAAAGGAGAUAAACAAGUAGUCUAAUGA